AUGGCAGAUGCGGACGGUGCCGAGUACCGCUGCUUCGUCGGCAGCCUGUCCUGGAACACCGACGACCGCGGCCUCGAGGCUGCUUUCAGCUCCUUCGGCGAGAUCCUCGACGCCAAGAUCAUCAACGAUCGCGAGACGGGGAGGUCCCGCGGCUUCGGGUUCGUCAGCUUCUCCAGCGAGCAGGCGAUGCAGGACGCCAUCGAGGGGAUGAACGGUAAGGAGCUCGAUGGUCGCAGCAUCGUCGUCAACGAGGCCCAGUCCCGCGGGUACGGCGGCGGGGGUGGCGGCAGGUACGGUGGCGGCGGUGGCGGAGGCGGUGGCAGGUACGGCGGUGGUGGCGGGUAUGGCCAGCGCCGCGACGAUGGCUACGGGGAUGACGGCUACGGCGGUGGCCGCGGUUACGGAGGCGGACGCUACGGCGGUGGCAGGGGGUACGGCGGGCGGCGUGACGGCGGCUACGGCCGCGGAGGCAACUCCGACGGAUACUGA